AUGGCACCUGGAGAACUUAUCAACCAUGUCGACGGGUGCGACCGAUUCUCGAGUGAUGCCAUCAGCCAUCCGCUCAAGUCCCACAGCAAAUUGAUCCAUCCGCCAUUUUCGAACCCUUCUUUACAGGUGACUGCAGACCAUAAUUUAAAACAAGUCGACGCUCCUGUGUACGCCCCGCAGGAAGGAGAGGUAUUGUUGCAGAUCAAAGCCACGGGGAUUUGCGGGUCGGAUGUUCACUUCUGGAAAACCGGUCGCAUCGGAUCUUUGGUUUUUGAGGGCGAUUGUAUAGUUGGACAUGAAGCCGCGGGUGUUGUAUUGAAGUGUGGUCCGGGGGUUAAGGGUCUAUCACCUGGUGACAGAGUUGCAGUCGAACCCGGUGUUCCCUGUGCGAACUGCUUUCUGUGCAGCGAAGGCCGCUAUAAUCUUUGCGAAGAUGUUCAGUUUUCCGGUGUAUAUCCCUACGCUGGCACGAUGCAGCGAUACAAAGUUCAUCCGGCGAAAUGGGUUCACAAACUCCCCGAUAACGUCAGCUACGCCGAGGGAGCUCUCCUCGAGCCUCUUUCCGUCGUCAUGCACGGCAUUCGCUCCGCAGGGCUAACUCUCGGACGAGGUGUGGUCGUCUGCGGUGCUGGUCCUAUCGGUCUGAUCGCCUUAGCAGCGGCGCGCGCAUCCGGAGCCCAUCCCAUCGUCGUCACAGAUCUCGAGCCCCGUCGACUAGCCUUCGCGAAAGAGUUCGUUCCGUCCUGUCUUACCUACCAGGUCGAUACGUCACUAGACGCACAAGGCAAUGCAGCUGGAAUUCGAAAAUUAUUUGGUGAAGAAGAAUACUUCGCCCCUGAAACUGUGCUGGAAUGCACGGGCGUGGAGAGCAGUGUCUGCACGGCAGCGUACACGGCGCGCAGGGGCGGCACGGUCAUGGUGAUCGGGGUUGGGAAGGCGAUUAUGAACAACUUGCCGUUCAUGCACCUUUCACUGGCGGAGAUCGAUCUGAGAUUCAUCAACCGCUACCGAGAUACCUGGGCACCCGGAGUCACAUGCCUGAGUGGAGGUAUUCUGGACUUGAAGAAGCUAGUCUCGCAUGUCUUUCCGUUAGAAAAGGCCGAAGAAGCUUUGCGAUUUUCUUCAGAUACUAAGAACGGGAGCAUUAAGGUGUUGGUGUUCGUGAGCGAAGAUCCCCUCGCCUGCGUUUCCGAUGCGUCGUCGGAUGAGUCGCCGUCGCCCGUGUUGAGUCCGACUACGGAUGUUACAAUCCCUCAGAGCGACAAACCAAAAGGACCGAAAGAUAAUGAUGAAGAUACCGGCAAUGGACACGAGCGACGUAGUAACGAUAUCAAUAGGGACAUGAUAUUUGAUAGUAGUCGGGAUUUGCCAUCGCCUGUUGGUCAUAUCUCCGGCGAACAAUUUCAAUCUGUCGCAACUUUCAGCGACAGAGAUGAGUCUGCCGUUCGUGGUCUGCUAGCACUGGGAUCUUGCAAUAACGUGAAUGAUGUGACGACCGCCAGAGAAGCGACGCCUGGCCUGUCCGAUUUUGAUCCUAAUAUCAUCUUAUCUCCCUUGACGAGUACAUAUCCAGAGGGCAAAGAAGGCCAGGGUCCGAUGAGUUUGCCUCCAAUUGAUGCGCAGACCGGUAAUGCUGCGGUCAUGUCGGUUCUCCCACCGGCCAUCGACUGUCUUUCCAUACCUGAGUCUGAUCGACUUGAGCUCUUGCGUCAUUAUCGCUACCAUGUAGCUCCUUGGCUCGAUAUUUGCGAUAUGCGGCAACCGUUUGGCCUCACUGGACUUCAGCUAGCUAUGGGCUCUGAGAAACUUCUUUCCACGUUGAUGCGACUCUCGAAGGCGUGCAUGCUCCAAAAUAUUCCCCAAAGAAGCUUUCUAGCAGACUUCACCGAGCCAUUAGCCGACAUGAGCAUGCCGGGCGACUCUACCGAAGCAACCCUGCUAUACGUCCUUGAGGAAGUACGAUGCCUCGUGACUGAUGUUCCAAGGGGUUGGACUCGACACGGAUACCCCGACGCUAUUCAAUCUUUGGUUCAAUAUGCGUACGAUGAUGAUGUUAAUUCGGCUCUAUACUGGCUGAUGCUGCGAUUGAGAGCAGCCCUGGCAAACGAUAAUGCCAUUCAGUUACCACUUCCGAUGUCCCCUGUCCCCAGUAUAUCACUGAUACCUCAUUCCGAAGACAUUUAUGAGAAUAUUCGGCAUUAUGUUCAUUCCAUUCUUUGGAUCGUUGGGAAGACUUUGGUGAUAUGCCACCCAGAGGACAUGUCCAAUCAGCCCCCAUCUCAUCAAUUAAUGGACAGUUGGUUCCAGGCAUUCGAGGAGCUUGGUCAAUGGUAUCAUCUGCGCCCGCUAGAAUUCCAGCCGAUGAUAGAGCUUGAAGGGGACGACCAGAUUUUCUAUCCGGAAGGUGGCUUCCCCCUUUUGUUAUUUGCAAAUGGAGCUGGCGUAUUUGGAAACCAGCUGUACCACACGGCCAAGCUAUUAUUGCUCCAGUCAAAACCUCGGACGGUCUUACUGCACAAUGCUCCCUCUCGAUUUUCGUCUCCGUUGUGGCACGCGCAACGGAUUUGUGGGAUUGCGCUGAACAAUGACCGUCGAGAAUGUUGGGACCCUUGCUUGCUGGCUUCUUUUCUUAUCGCUGCUAGGCUUAUGACUCAUGAGUCCCAGCAAAAGGAGAUUUUGCAAGGUUUUGAGCGAAUUAAAUUGCUGACCGGCUGGGAUGUUGGUGAGUAUUUGACACAUCUCCGCGAGGACUGGUCAUUUUCCGAAGGAGCUUGA